AUGAGUGCUUCACAGCCAAGCAAACGGAUACGCAGACAUGACGACGACGACGACGACGACGACUACGGUGAAGGACCUUCUACACAGCGUACAAGAACAGACGACACCGACGCACCGUCAACCACGGACUGGGAUAACGAGUACCUGGAGCGUAAAGUAAAAGAUACCGUACGUUAUGCGCUUGCGUGUGAAUUUAAAAAGCAGACGAUUCGACGUGAAGAAAUCAGUAAACGAGUUUUGUCAGAACGACCGCGAAUGUUCAACGUAGUAUUCAGAAGUGCACAGGAGAAAUUACGCCACAUUUUCGGUAUGGAAAUGGUGGAGCUACCCUUAAGAGAAAAGCCGUCCGUGGCAAACAAUCGUAAAGAAUUGCCUGGCACCAAAUUAGCAGCGAGCAGGACGUAUAUCUUACGAAAUGUUUUAUCCAUGAAAUACAACGUACCCGAACUCAUCCAAUAUUCCGAUGAAGAGUAUACCAAUACGGGCAUUCUGUACGUGAUUUUAGCCUUGAUUCUGGUGCAUGAGCAGAUUCUAGAAGAUGGCGAAUUGAAACAGCAUCUGGAUCGACUGAAAAUUACCGACUCGUCACCCACGUUUGGCGAUCGUGAUAGGCUCUUGGACACGUUUGUGAAGCAGGGUUAUCUCCAUCGGACCAAGACAAAUGAACCUGAUCCAAAUACCGUACCGGAAUGGGAGUAUUACUGGGGCCCAAGAGCCAAAGCGGAAAUUCCAGAAGGAAAUAUGGUGGAAUUCAUCUCAAGCCUUUACGGGUUGGAAGGCAACAGCUUGGACGAACUGAAAACCCAUAUUUAUAAAUCCGCAGGCUAUGUUGUACGAGUUCAAAAUGACAGCUCAUCCGGGCAUUGA